AAUAACUCCGAUAACGGAGCAUCCCAAAGGAUAUAUCGAAGAUGGCGAUGACUGAAAUUCAGAAGAAGGAUGCCAUUCGUGCAUACGGCAACUUCUUCGCCGGAUGUAUUAUGGUCAUCGCUGCCACUUUUGACACGUGUUUUAACAUAUACGCUGUGGAUUUGAAGAAGACAUUUGGAUACUCUCAAACGGAGCUGGAAUUCGUGGCUGCCGCCGGUAUGGUCGGUCUUUUCUUCGCUCUGCCCUGCCCUCUGUUGAUGAAGCGAUUUGGCUUCAACAAGACCAUGGUAAUCACAUUCUUCAUCGCUGAGAUCGGAAUGGUCGGGAUGGGUAUCUGUGCCUCCUACCCGGAUGUCUUCUCCGAUCAAAUUAUCUUAUUCUCAAUAUUCCAGUUCAUGGCAUCCAACGGCAACGUCUACCUACUGCUAAUAGCCAUCGAUCUGAGCGUGGCGUCGUUUCCGAUACGUCACGCAGGUAAACUGAUCGGCGUUCUCAACGCUUUCUGCAGCAUUGGGAACAUCGUUUACGUCGGUAUCUACAGUACGUUUUUCGGCUCCACCGGCAACGUCGCCGGUCUGUUUUUCGCAGCUUCUGGAAUGGUGGCGUUUUGUCUGAUAGGCUACACGAUUUUACAGAACGUCGCACCCGCAAGGAAAGUGAUUGAGGAAGAAAUCGAACCGCCGUCGACACCCGAAGAGAACCACAAUCAACGUUACGGCUAUAGCAACUCGGAGAAAGCCGCCCUGAUUCGCAAGGACUUCCACGAAAGUUUCGAGCUUAUCGAGAAGAAAUCUGACACGGGAUUCCGCGCAAACGACGUCUACGAGCCUCCAGGUUCUGUUCUAACUCUCCCUCUCCUAGCUACGACCUGCCUGUUUCACUUGAUCGCUUGGCCAUCCGCAAUCUCUGAGACCGUUGGCUACCUUUACAUGAACAAUAUCUCCUCUAUGCUGGAGUCACUAGGCAUCGAAGGCAGUCGAGAUCCCUUCAUCAUCGCUCUUACCCUCUCUAGCUCCAUCGUCCGUAUCGCUAUCGGCGCCGUCUUUGACGUUGUCAGGGGCUACAACAGAAGAGUUGCACUGCUCAUUUCCUCCUCCGCCCUCUACGUCCUCUCUAUCGUCGUCAUCUUCUUCGACAUGAAUAGCUACGCCGCUGUCAUGACCGGCACUAUCAUUUCAGGUCUCGGCUUAGGCGUUAUCAUCACCAUAUCCCUCGCUUUCCUCACGAGCAUGUUUGGCAAACAAAACAACAUCCUUGUCCAGGGUUGCUUUCUCACUCUAACGUGCUUCGUGCAGCUCGGCAUGCACCUCAUCGUCGGACAUUUCUAUGACGUGGCGGGCGACCACGCCGCUGCAAUGGCGGACAGCUCAAUCCCAGAAUGCUUCAAUAACUUCUGCUUCCUCUGGAGCCUCCUUCUGAUGUUGAUGGUAUCCUCGCUGUCGAUAGGUUUUUAUUCCGUGCUGUAUAUUAUCAAAGACAAAAUGCAUCUGUACAGAUAAAUA